AUGGAGUCUUCACCACCGAGGAGUAAUUCUACUGCUCCUGUGGCAGGUGUGAAGCGUCCAGCGUCCCUGUUGCCUGCUUUCGAGCCAUUAAGCUCUUCCCCAUCUCUUCCUCGACCGCAAAAGCGUGUAGCACGCGAAGACCAUGGAUUUGUCUCGACAUAUCCGACCCCCGUCCCGACUUCGUCGACUCAUAUCAUGUCAUCCUCACCUCCUCGAAUGGCCCUGCCGCGGAAUGCGUCGCGUCGUAACCUUGCCUCAAGCAGCUCGGAGCGAACUCCUCUAUCUGCAGUUCCUACUCUGAUGCUCCCAGAGUCCGGCGAUCCCAUUCUGAUGGGCAGGUCCAGUGUCUCCUGCCACCAUCAGCUCGCUGCCAACCGUAUGAUCUCAAGGGUCCAUGUCAAAGCCGCCUAUAAACCGGCACCGAACCCCUUCGACCGAGAUAGGAUAGAGAUUAUGUGCAUGGGAUGGAAUGGGAUUAAGCUCCACUGCCAGGGGAAGACAUAUGACUUGGCCAAAGGAAAGACUUUUACGUCGGAUAUCAAGGAUGCUGAUAUCAUGAUUGAUGUCCAUGACGCCCGCAUUCUUGUGCAGUGGCCACGAAAUGAAAGAAAGGAUUAUGCAUCGACCGACUCUGACCACACAUGGGAGGAAAGUACCACUCCCAAGCGUAACGGGCAGUCCCACCGGAGCCUCCAGGAUAGUCCUAGUGUGGAGCGUCAACGUUUGGCUUCCCCUGUGUCCCCAUCACCUGCGGUGAAGUCCUUGAUCCCUCCGUCGUCACCGCUAUAUACCCCGACUCGCUCGCGCAAUGCAGUCGUUGUGUAUGAAGACGAGGAGGCUUCUCCUGUCUGCCAUAACGGCUCUGGUGGCGUGUUUACAGCAGAGAUAACCCGACAAACUUCUUCAACUAUCGAUCUUCUGCAGAGUUCCCAAUCCAGUGAUCUGAGUGAUCUAAGUAAGACUGACGAAUUGUCUGAUCAUGACGAGGAGAAUGAUCCCAUCAUUCAUUCCUUUGGACCUUUCGGGGAGAACCUCCUCCCCCGCUUGGCCUCCUUCACGGCCAAUGUGUCACCUCUUCGGUCAACACAUCCUCGCAAUCAGCCAUCUCAACCUCUCCAACCUACCCAGUCUCCCAGGCAACCCUCAACGGCUGUGGACUCCGCUCAUGUUGCUUCAAGCAAGCUGGAGGGGCCAUCAAGAGAGCAAAUCCGCUCCGUUAUUGAGUCCACCAAGUGCAUUGGUAAGGUUGCCCGUGAAGGAAAAGAUGCUGCUGGGAAACCACUUGAGAGUGAAUAUUACUACAUUCCGGACUUUGAUGAAGAUGAUAUGCGACGAGAAGCAGUUGUGCAUGAUCUCAGAAAACCAGGUCUCCGAAACUGUAGAAAGCAGCACAAGCAAUAUUUCUGGCGCAAGCCCAAAUAA